AUGACGGUUGACGUUGAUCUUUUGCCGCUCUUCGUGGGUGAACACAUUGAGCAAAUCACCUUUCCAUCAAUCAGUCAAUCUUAUCAAUCAUUAGCUGAGUGUAUUGUGGCUUGCGCCGACAUAGAGAUUGCAAAGGAAGAUGGACUGCCGAAUCAAAUCUGCUCACCAUGUGCAAAGAAAGCCAUUGAAUUACACAAUUUCAAGCUUAUGUGCAAGAAUUCCGACGAAAUAUUAAGAAAAACCUUUAAUGCUACUCUAGAAAAAGUGGAAGUUGUAAUUGUCAAGACAGAUUUACCCUUAGAUACAACUCUACAUAAAAAUAUUGACAGCGAAGGUCCAAAUGAAUUACUAAAUGAAAAUCCAACUCAACUCAAUGACAAAACACCGGAAAAUAUUGUAGUGGAUCAUAGAACCAGAAGAGACUUUUUUGAUUCAAUCAAUGAAGUUGAGAUUGUUACACUGCCAAAUGAUGAACUCAUCCAAAGCCUCCAAGAAACUGAUUUGCAUGAUAAAGUUGAAUGUGUAUUGAAUAUACAUGAACCUAAAUUGGACCAGACAUUACAAUGUCCAGUGUGUAAUGAAGUCUGUGAGUAUCAGUCAGAGUUUGAUACACAUCUCAGUAAACAUGUGAAGAAAAAGCAUCAAUGUGAAUUCUGCGGUAAGGCAUUCACAACAGCAUCGCAUUUCUCGCGCCAUCUAUUGACGCAUGAAACAGUUAAGCCAUACAACUGCAAGGAAUGUAAUAAAGGAUUUGCACGAAUGCAACAGUACACACAUCAUAUGAAUAUGCACACUGGAGUAAAACCACACAUAUGCAAACAGUGUGGAAAAGGAUUCAAUCAAAUUUCUAACCUUAAAGAUCACAUCCGUACGCAUAACGGUGAGAAACCAUUUUUGUGUUCGGUGUGUGGUAAAGGAUUCAAUCAAUUAGGAAAUCUUAGGCAACACACAAUCAGACACAGUGGUGUAAAAGCACAUUCGUGUAAUAUUUGCGGGAGUAAAUUCGCCAGUAAGGGUGAAUUAGGUGCGCACACUCGGAAACAUACCGGUGCCAAACCAUAUGUGUGUAAUAUAUGUUCUCACGGCUUUACGACAUCAUCAUCUCUAACGAAACACAAACGCAUUCAUUCGGGUGAAAAACCGUACGAAUGCGAAGUGUGCAAAAUGCGUUUUUCACGCUCGGGAAUUCUAUCGCGCCAUCGCCGAACGCACACCGGCGAAAAACCAUACAGUUGUCCGCAUUGCACGCGUGCGUUUUCACAGAGCAACGAUUUGGUGUCACACCUGCGGAUUCACACCGGCGAACGGCCAUACGUGUGCGAUGUUUGCGGUCAAGCCUUCCGACAAACCAGCGCGCUGAAGACGCACAAGAAGAUCCACCGCAAGGCGGACAUAAAAAACGAACUCGACGAAACCGCCUCUGUUUUAUAAUGCACACACAGGUAUUGAUUAGAUAAUGUUAUGUCUUAUGUCUUAAGCAAACGCCGACAGGCUAUUGAUAGCAUGGAAGUAUUUUAGGAACGUUGCGUGUUAUAUGACAUUUAUUUAUUUAUUUUUUAAGCCGUGCUAAACGAGAUUAUGUGCAUAUAUUCAUUUAUUUAUAGAUUCCGAUCGAUUUUUGUAAAUAAAUCUCUGUAUAAUUGCACACUGUGCUAAUUAUACCGUGCUGACAA